CACAAUUGAUUGAUCACUGGGUGGCGAUCAAUCUCAUGCGUGUCUAGUCCUUAUUAGUGCAGAUCGAAUGCUAUCGAUCACGUUGCAAUGUGGCCACCAGUAUAGGUGACUCGACACUGCGGGCACUAUACAUUGAGAUUAGGUGGUGGUUUGGAGGUAGUCGACAGGAAACCCACUUGAUUCCCUUAAACAAAAGAUUUUCAUCAUAUGCCUAAAUCGGUGAGCAUCACAAUUGUCAAAACAACCAAGUACCACACACAACCAUCAAUAAGAAUAAAUCAUAUUGGUGAGAAUAUAAUUUACGGUCGACCCUUGAGCGACGCUAAAUUGACUUUGAGUGUAUCCAAUUAAUAACUAAAACCAAAUGAACGUUAUCAACCAGUGUGUGGAGGAUUGGAAUUAUGAUUUACAGUUGAUGGUUAGUGUUAGGAAUUAGAGUAAGGGUUUUCAUCACGAACUGGCAUCAGCUUCAAUGCCAAAACUCUAUUUAGUCAAAUGGAUGGGUGAAUUUCGGGCCGAAAUCUGACACCUGUUAUCAUAUACCUGAUUGGUUUGCCCAUAAAUUAUAGUCUCGCUAUCAUAUUCAUUCAGAAUUCGUUUAUGCGUUACCGGAUAUACAAUCAUUUUUCUGAUGAUUCCAUAGACCAACUAUUGCAAUCAAUGACGCGAAGAUGGAAAUGCCUCUUGAUAUGCAAACCAUGAGAGAGAACAGUGGUACUGCUCCUUGUAAAAUUUCACGUUAUUAUUUCAAUACGUUCUCUGAUUUAAUUCCAUUUUAUUCCAUAGAUAAGCCGAACUCCAUCAAAUAUCUUGAUAACAUAGAUAAGAAUGAAGUGGGCAAAUCAAGAGGAAUACAGAAGCGUCACUUACCACAAACAAACAGUUGUAUAGCAUGAAAAGCGCUUCCAAUUGUUUUGUGAGAAUGUUUAGUUCGUAUUUGUCAGUUUGAUGAUAAUGGAUCGACUAUAAAAGAAUGUUGACAGAUAUUCGAUUUUACUAUUGAAGUGUUAUGAUAGAUGAUGUGUGAUUUGUCACAAAAUAUGCGACUAAUUAUCUUCAUUCUAACUGAGAUGCGUCAAUGUAGUAAAUAGUUGUGAUGUGUGUGUAAUGUUUGUUUUUCUAUAACUGGAAUCAUGCAUAUUACAGCUAUUUUCAUCGUUUUGUUUUCCAUGUUGUCAAUUCAAAUGAUGGUGGAACAUUUACUGUUGUUGUGUGAUGAAUGUAUUUGCGUUUACUUCUAUGUGUGUAUAUACUACUAAGUAGAGAAGUGGUUUCUAUUUUUAUAUUUCACAUGAGUAUUCUCAUGUAUACGAGUGUUCAAAUGAAAUGAAUCAGUUGAUUUAAUUUGUUAUAACAAUAGUAUAGAAUAUUGUCAUGUCAAUGAUGAAGCAAAAGUAACCGUUGACAAUGAUCAAGUGUAUUUUAUUGGCGAGAAUAAUCAGAAAAAUCCAGGUGUUCGGUGUUGUUCUGUUAACACUCGGAAUUCAACCACAAAUCACAUUAAAUCAAUUCAGAACUAUACUACAAAAUGCGAAACCAGAGAUCUUCCUGGUUGUCAGUAUUUCAGGAGGUCUCGGUGUACUAGGAUCAUUUGUUGGCAUUUAUGGACACUCGAAGAAACAGAAAGUGAUCAUAUAUAUGAACAUUUUCGUUUUGUUUAUCGUGACUUGUAUGUGGAUCGGUAUGGCAUUUAAAGUAGCUUUAACGGAAGACAGGUUCCCUACGUUAGCUAACAGCUCGCUAAGUUCUACUGUUAAAGAAUAUGAUAAACGAGUUGAUUAUCGGAUGGAGUUUGAUGAAUUACAAAAGAGUUUUCACUGCUGUGGAGCAAACUCGGAGAAUGAUUAUCGACAUCCAACUAAUUAUAGGUCAGUUCUAACACCUGCUUCAUGUAAAUACGACAGAUUCGCAUAUCCUAAAGGAUGUGUAUCAGCGAUAAUUGAAUAUACACAAACUUAUCUAAAUAUCAUCAUGUAUCUAUGUUUCACAUUCGGGAUUAUUCAAGCGGUCUACUUGAUAUUGUCAUUUCUGAGGAUACGUAAAUUUGAAGGUGACGAUUUUCUAUCUGCAUAAUGGUCUUAUUGAGAUCAAAUGUUGAGAAGAUAUUCAAUGGAACCUAAUGUCAAUCAAACAACCGAAUCAUUGACUAUUCAUUACUCAUUCUAUUGUCAUUUGAUCUUACUUAUUUGUACACCAUUAUACACUAUUCUUAUCAACUGAAUAAUGAAUUUCUUCAUUAUUUUCUUUGUUUAAAUCAACUUGUUACUGGGAGGUAUUUCGAAAGAAAAC